CGGGAACUAUAACAAACAUUGAAACGAAAGGACUUCAAAGGCCUUUGAUUGCCGUUGAAAGAAUUACGGUGCAAAUUUAUAUUGGCGGCUGUGUUCAAAAUGAAUCUGAUACUGACCGGGAUACUGGCAUUUGCUGCCUGGACGUCGGCUGUUGAACUUGAAAUCCUCUCCGAAUGGUAUUCCUUGGACUAUGUCUGGCAAAACGAUUCUUGCAAGGAGGACGCGAUCGACAGUGGAUUAUACAAUGCCAGCACUAUCAUUCCAACAGAUUUGCAAGUCAUAGGAGAAACGUACUUUAUUGCAAUUUCAAGAAGGCACAAUAAUCCUGCCAGUUUGACAAAGAUUUCGAAUCAGACUGGCGACGACGGUUCAUUGCUCGAGCCCUACCCAAGUUGGGAUUGGCAUACGUCAGACAAUUGUAGUGGGAUCACUAGUGUUAGCAAGCUAGCUACGGACGAUUGCUAUAGGCUGUGGAUUGUCGAUUCUGGGAAAAUAGGGACUGAGCAGGUGUGCGAUGCGCAAAUAAUAGCGUUCGAUACAGACACCAACGAAGUAUUGAUACGGGAAACGAUUCCAUCUAAUCUGACGCAUCAUUCCACAAAUUCAAGUAGAGGGCGGCUCGAGAUACAAGCUGUCGACACGGAUGGAGACUCGUGCGAAAGCGUUACGGUUAUCAUUGGGGACCCAGAAGGAUAUGGUAUGGUUAUUUGGAAUGGUGUGGACAUGUGGCGGGUGGAAAAUGACGAAAUUUUCUCACCGAACGUAACACAAGCUACCGACAGCCAGCUUCCACAGUCUGACACCGAUAAUUACGGGAUUUCGAAUAUUGAUAUAAUGCCCUCUUCAUUUGUGGCUGAAACAUACGUAACCCUGAACCCUCUGCUUUCCAACGAUUAUUUCGCAGUCAGAUUGUCUGAGCUGUUAGUGGAAGAUGGAAACUUAACAUGGUACAAAAGCAACUAUACAUCUGGUACGAAUGUGGUGGUUAGCAGGGUCAUGACAAAAUCUGGUGUCUUAAUAGACGGUCAUGCUUACUGGCCGAAUUGUUCCUGCUGGAAUAAUCGAUAUCCUACUUCAGUUCCAGAAGGGCAGAAUGUAACUUGGACCAACAUGACUGGAAACCCUUACGAGCAAUACACCAUUGCCACCAAAAUCCGUGAAGAGUCUGACGGUGAGACCAACUUUUGGGGCGAGACCUACUGCCAAAUUACCAGCUCACAAGUCGUGUUCAACUUGCGCUCCGUGGAGGACCUGGACCGUAUUAACUUCGCAGUCUCUUGCGGGAACGUGGGUUACCUCAUUAACGGAACAGUGUGCGAACGAUUGGAACCUAAAAGCUAUAAUCGUACCAUCGAGGAUACAUUUAUGUUCGAGUACGCGACGAAUGAGACGCGAAUAAUUUCUGCGCUGUAAUCUGAUUUCUAAUGAGACACGUUUCGAUUGGCAAUCCAUUGACCAUGAUUGUGGUAGUGGUUUACUAUACU